AGAUGAGACCAAUGAAAUAUCUCCAGAAUUUGUCUCUAAUCAUGAUGAAAGUAAGCGGUGAAGACAUCUCAUUGUUCCUAAAAAAUUGCCCUUUCCUGAGGAAAUUGAGAAUCUCACAAUCAGUUUUGACCGGAGAUGUUCAUAUCUCCGAGGCAACCCCUGCGUUGGAGGAUCUACGAAUCGCUGGAUGUGUCUAUUUGAAGUCCGCUAUAGUUAACAUUUCUGCUCCAAAUCUUUCUAUAGUUUGUGUUGAUGCAAGACCGGGGCAUGCCCUGCGGUUCAAGAAUGUUCCAAGAGUUGUUGAGGCACUUUUUAAUAUAGAAGGUCCAGAAUAUACAAUGCAGCAUUUUACUUCUACCUUGUCUUGCUUGACUUCCCAACUCCACAAACUUACCUUGUAUGGUCCCGAUGCCGACAAGCUUUCGGGAAAAGGGUUUCCUCAACUGCCUAAUCUCAAAGAAUUGAUCCUUUAUAAGCAUACCUGUCUUUUGUCAUUGGCUAAUAUGAUAUCGUCAUGUCCUCGUCUUCAGUGCUUGACUUUCAAGUGUUUUGCCAAAGCCAAAGAUGCAACAUGUCGCGAAAGCUACGGAGCGUUAACUUUUAGAGGAUCUUGUGCGGCAAAUAUCAUCCGAUCGCUAACUUAUAUUGAAGAAAGCGGCGAAUUUCAAAAAAUAAAAAGUCCCAUUUGGUUUAUUAGUGAGUACAGACUGCAACUAUAUGUAGCCAUGAUAUCUCCACAACUUGAACUCUAUUUUCAAGUUGAACUUCGGUAUCAAUUUAAAAGCUACUUCCUUAGGUAUUCAUAAUAGUAG